AUGUCCUCCUUCUCCAAAUCAAGAUCCCGCCAACAAACUCAAACCCCUCCAACCACCCCCUCCACCUCUACAACACAAAUCCCACGCCCCCUCCCCUUCCCAACUGAAAAAUCCCAAUACAAAUCCUGGGUAUCCGCACGCUCAAGUUCUCCUGUCAUAUCAAACGCACCAUCCACACCAUCUACACCCCUCCGAUCUGUUUCUUAUCCGACACAUGCUACCCUUAACGCUAACGGUAAUAAUAACAUCUCUCAUCGUUUCGCAAACUAUGAUCAAAUAUCUUCCUCAACCCCCGAAAUUGGUGCUCAGCCCAUAGUCGAGGAGAAAGUGGAGAAAGUCGAAAUGUCAAAUCCAUAUACCAUGUCGUAUUAUGAGAUUCUUGGUUUACCGGAGAGUGCUGAUGUAACGACCAAGGAUAUCGAUGAGGCUUAUCGGAAGAUUUUAGCCAACAAUAACACACCGUCCACUCACCCCACCCACGACCCCGCAACCCUCCAGCGCAUCCAAAAAACCCUCACCAACGCCCUCCGACGACGUGCCUAUGAUCUAGGCCGUCGCGCACACUUACUUUUGCGCACGCACGCUCAAGAUCGGGAGACUUUUGAGAGAGGUCGAACUGGUGAAUAUGUUCACUCUGAGUCUCGUUCCGAGUCUCAUUCUGAUACCGAUUUCCAAUCUGAUUAUCGGCACGUAAAUUCCGUUACUGCCAAAAGAUUCGUGGAUAAUUUGCGGACAGAGAAUUUAAAAAAUGAGAUGGAGGGGGUCAAGAGGGAUUUUGAGGAGAAGAUUGGAAAUAUGGGAAUAGGUAUGGGUAUGGGUAUGGGGAUAGGAAUAGGAAUAGGAAUGGAUGGAUGUAACGAGGAAGGAGUAGCAUAUGAAGAAAUGCUAUAUGGAGCCAAAGGAUCAGAACCGAGAGGAGAAAGAUUAAGUCUUGAUUUUGAAUUCAACGGGUCGGGAAGUGAUGUGGAAUCUGGAUCUGAAGAGGAAGGGGAAUCAGGAGGUACAUUUUCAGAGAGAGAAGAGGAGAGGGAAAAGUUUGACAUCUUGCAAUGGCGCAGGGAAAGGGAAAGGGAAAUGGAAAUGGAGAAUUUGUUGAGACUUGCAGCUGCGGUUCCACUUCCUGAAUCGGCAUCGUUUGAUACAGAGAUAGAGGCAGAGACAGAGAGAGCGGUAGAGGAUAUGGCCAUACCCAUGAAUAUCCCAGAAUCUCCCUCGAAAAUCCAUCUAGAGGCGAUCUUUCAGAUGCAGAUGCAGAUGUACACGGAAGAAGAUCUCAGCAUCAUCAAUUUUCUCUUUCCGAAUACAACGCCAUGCCCAAUCUCAUGUCCAACCCUGACAACAAAAUCGAAAUCGAAAUCGAAAUCGAAAUCGAACAGCGCAUCCUGCAAAGAAAUAUGGGAGAUCGAUUAUGAAUCCUCUUGUGAUUGCGAUUCUGAUACCGAUAUCGACGCCGAAACCCCUACCCAGGACACAAACCCCAGUACCAGUAUCAGUAUCAAUCACAAUCCCGAACCCAGCUCCAGCUCUCUAUUCUCCGAGUACAAUCCAGAUGCCACAAGCGAGAAUUGCGUCUUGGAAGAGGAAGAAAAGGAAAUCUGGGAAUUCGACUACACCCCCUUCUCCUCUUCCUCUUCCCUCGACACAAACUCAGAAACAUGCGAAACCAUCCACCUAGCCACUACACUCACCGCAUCCAUAUUUUUCGUUUCUGCUUUGUGGGUUUGGGUUUGGUGUGCGUGUGCUGUUUAG